AAACACGUGGAUGGGUCCCGCUCCCUUGCGUCCUCCCCGCUUGCUGCGGCUGCGGCGGCCGCAAUCGCGGAAUAUCACGCGAUUAGGGAGCAGCCCAUCUCAUCAGCACCUGAAGAAACACCUGAAGAAUCACCUGAAGCAGCAGCGGCAAAGCCGCUCGUGCCCGGAUGCAUGUCGCAUGAUGGAGCGCCCAGACCGCGUCAUCCGCAUGCCCACGUGCAAGCGAGUACCAAGAAGUCCCUGGCCAGAACAGUGUCAGACCCAGGCGGCGGCGAGUGCAAUUCGAACACAAGACAAGGCGCCGAAGCGGUUGUAGUUGUAGCGGCAGGCGUAGAAACAGCUGUAGUAGGGACGGCUGUAGCAGGGACGGCUGUGAGUGCUACAGCCGUGACAGGAGGCGGCGACGGUGAUCGUGGUAAGGUCGAUAGGGAGUCGAAGCAGGGCGGCGGUCCUGGUGGCGGUCGGGGACUGCUCAGGUGGCUGUCGUGGGGAAAGGCAAAACUAGGCGCGGGGAAGGGGAAUGGUGGAAAGCGGCGGAAGGGGAAGGCGGAAAACGGUUGCGCGGAGCACAGGGGGAGUGGGUUCGGCGCAGAGCUGACGACCAGCGAGCAGUAUAAGGAGCGGGGUGGUGGUAAUAGUGGUGGUAAUAGCGGUGGUGAUAGUGGUGAGAAUAGUGGCGGUAAUGGUGGUGGUGCCGCUGUUUCAGCGUCGAAUCUUGCGGCCAGAGCAGCUGUGGACACGUGGCUGCGGGAGAACGAGACGCACGGGGAUGACGUGGACGAGGAUGACGUGGAAGGAAUAGACGAGGAGAGUGUGGAGGAGAGCGGUGCUGAAGUGGGAGAGAUGAUGGGAGGUGGGGAGGAGGAGGAGGGGGAGCAGGCGGAUGGGGAAGAGGAGGAGGAGGGGGAGGAGGAGGAGGAGGGGGAGGAGGAGGAGGAGGAGGAGGAGGGGGAGGAGGGGGAGGGGGAGGAGGCAGAAGAGGAGCCUGAAGGAGAGGUGGAGGAUGGCAGUCAUGAAGACUGUUCCUCUGAGGGUGAGGACGGAAAGGAGGAUGGGGAGACGGAAGGAGGAGAGCGCGAGGGAGAGGGGGAAGGGGAGGGCGAGGGGGAUGAAGGGGAGAGGGGCGAAGUGGAGGAAAUGGGCCCAGAAGGUUUUCAGUUCGACGUGUCAACAGACCCGAACGCGGAGGGGAGGGGAAAGAGAGUGGGGAACGACGAGGAGGUGGAGGGAGAGGAGGCGGAGGAGGAGGAAGAGGGGGAGGAGGAGGGGGAGAGGGAGGACUCGGAGGAGGCAGUGAGGGAGAGGCAGCAGCAGGAGUGGCAGCGGCAGUGGCAGCAGCAGCAGCGGCUGAUCGGACUAGUAGUCUCCGGGGCAGACAAUACCGAAGGGACGGAAGAGGAUGAGGUAGUGGAGGAGGAGGAGGGAGAAGAAGAGGCAACCAGCAUGCCAGUUGAAACAGCGGUAGAUGUGACUUCAGCAACAGCAGCAACAGAAGAAGAAGCAGCAGGAGCAGCAACCGCACCAGCAGCAAGAACAACGGCAGCAGAGGAGCAGCAGAAGGGCCUGGGUGUCAGCUCCAGCGUCAGCUUCCUCCCUCUGCGCGCCUCCCCCCGCGCUGCCGCUAGCAACAAGCAAGCUCGGGCGCAGAUCCAGGAGGACUCAGAAGGGGACCUGACACGUGGUGGAAUGGAAACAAGUCAGCCGGGUAACCAGGCUGCCACAGCUGGUACGAAUCCGUUUGCUGGCGGGAGCACUGUAGAGGGACUGUCCGUCCCCUUUACAAUCACUAACCCGUUUAUAUGCAGCGGGAAUCUGUUUGAAGCAAUGCCAAGCAAUGAUCGCAAUGCUGCAAACGGUGCUGGUUAUUUUGGCGAAGUGGGAGUCAAAGCUGCUGGUUACCCUGUUCUGUUACCUGACACCUGCGCCAGUGGCAUCCCCACCAAUCCAUUCCUUGCAGCAGCUGCAGCAGAAUCCGAGCAGCAGGGGCAGCUGGGGCAGGCUCUACCUGCGCAGGUUCCUUCUGAGCAGGUUGUAUCUGACCAGGUGCAUCUGGGGCAGGUGCUACCCUCAGGGCCUGUUUCAUCUGGGCAGGUUCUAUCUGAGCAGUCUCCGUGCGCUGGCAUGAGCGGCAGCAAGACGCUUCCCCCGUCUCUUUGGCCCGCAUACCCCAUCUCUCCCCCUUCCUCUGCCCCUUCCCCUACUCCUGUACCCAGCCUCGCCCCUGCCGCUGCCCCUUCCGCCUCCCCCGCUCCUCCGCCUGCCCCUGCCCCUGCCCCUGCCCCUCCCCUCUCCCCCGCUCCUCCGCCUGCUCCUGCCCCUCCUCCUGCCCAAUCCGCUUCCCCUGCCCAAUCCGCUUCCCCUGCCCAAUCCGCUUCCCCUGCCCAAUCCGCUUCCCCUGCCCAAUCCGCUUCCCCUGCCCAAUCCGCUUCCCCUGCCCAAUCCGCUUCCCCUGCCCAAUCCGCUUCCCCUGCCCAAUCCGUUUCCCCUGCCCAAUCCGCUUCCCCUGCCCAAUCCGCUUCCCCUGCCCAAUCCGCUUCCCCUGCCCAAUCCCAUCUUCUAUCCAGCCUCGCUCCUGCCUCUGCCCCUCCCCCUACCCCUGCUGCUGCCCCUUCGCCCGACAACAGUGGGGGCCAGCAUGGGUCAAGCAGUGCAGAGAAGAAGAGAGUGAGAUUCAAAGACAAAGCAGCAGAGGAGGGUGGAACUGAGGUGGGGGGAACUGGUGAAGGGAACUCAAGGAACGAGCAGGAUGCAGGAGGUUCAAGCGCUGGUGAUAAGUCAACGGCAGGUAGUAGCCAGUUGGGAGGUGGUAACCAGGCGAAACCUGGUAACCAGACAAGUGCAGGUAGCGUGAGGUCAGGCUCUCCUGGGAGGGUGGGAACUGGGCGGGUGGCACCUGCUCCCUCGGGCCUAGCACAGCGCAUAUGCUGGGUGCCUGGAGCUAAGGAGGAGAGCGAGCAAGGGGUAAAGGAGGCAGAAGGAAGGGACAGGAAGAGCCGAAGUGAUGAUAGCCGUGGCUGCUGUACCAGCAACAGCAGCAGCAGCAGCAGCAGCAGCAGCAGCAGCAACAGCAGCAGCAGCAGCAGCAGCAGCAGCAGCAGCAGCAGCAGCAGCAGCAGCAGCAGCAGCAGCAGCAGCAGCGGUGUUCCGAAGCUGCUAGUUCCCUGUCCCCCUGUCACCCCUCGAAACAGCUCACCCCCUCCCGUCAGCCGGAGUAAGGCUGCAGGGGGGGCGGCAGGAGGGGCAGCAGCGCGGGUAGCAGCAAAGGCAGCGCUGUCUAGGAAGCCUCUGGUGCUGCUGGGAAGGAGUAGCAGCGCCAGUAGUGCUGUGGGUGGUGGCUCUGGUGCUGCUAGUGGUAGGAUUGGUGCUGCUGCUAGCAAGAGUGGUAACAGUAGCCCUACAGUUGAAACGAGUGGUAGGGAGGAAGCAAAAGGAGUUAAGGACACUGGUGCUGGGAGUCAUGUGCGCAGCAGCAGCGGCGGCAGAGGUGGUAACCCUGUAACUGGCGUGGAUCAGUGGACGACUGGGGAGGCAGAUAGCAGUGAUGGAGGAACCACCAAGCCCAGUUCUGGCCAGCCAGGGAAGGCUAGGACAGGUGCGGAGGAGUGGGAGAAGGAAGGGAGUGUGGUGGGAGAGGGGAGUGUCGUAGGGGAGAGUGUGGUAAUGAGGGAGGAAGAGAUAGUGGUGUGCCCGAAGCCAAGCUCUUCCGGGCGAGGAGGUAGAGGAGGGGCUGUGGCCGCCGCAGCAGCAGCAUCAGGAGCAGCAGCAGGAGGAAUGGCGGGUGGGAUUGUGGGGAGAGUGGGCAUGGAGACUGGAGAGGAGAGAGGGAGGCGUGGGAAGGAGAACGCAGGGGAAGGGAGGUCAGGAGUGGAGAGGGCUCAAGGGAGCAUGCUAGGAGGGGGGAGUCCGGUACGAAAAGGGAGUCCCCCCCGUCUGAACGCCAGGAGGAAGGCCUCUGGAGUGGCAAGGUCGCUUACAGUCACACUCGAUAAGAGCAUGUCCCUGCCCUUGCCCAAGGAGGGAACCAUUGUCAGCAGCAUUAGCAGAAGCAUCAACAAUACCCGCAGCAGCACCAACAUUGCCACCACCCGUUGCAGCAGCAUCAAGAGUGAGAGCAACAGCAGCAGCAACGGCAAAAACCCCCUGCCUUCCUCCUCUGAGGCCCACUCUGCCUCUGCUUCUGCAGGGAGACAGCUGGCAUCACAAUCACCUCGAGAGCCUGCACCACUGAGUAGAAGCGCACUAGGAAGGCCGGCAGCAGCGCCCCCUGCUGCUGGAAGAACGGCCACGUCACCUUGGAAAGCCGCUGAGGCGUCUCAAAAAUCUCCUGGUGGCACGAAGUCAGCCACACAACCCCAGAGAUCUGCCUUUGGCCGCUCGUCUGCCGGCCCACCUGUGCGGUCUAAGUCUGGUGGUUCCCCCAGCAGGCAGCCUUCGCCCCCUGCUGCAGGCAAAGGCAAGCGGCCGGCGUCGUCUGUCUCCGUCUGCUCUGCUAACUCCAUCGGCUCGAUUGCUUCUCCUUGCUCUCCCUCCACUGCUGCUGUUGGUGCUGCAGCUGCUGCUUCUAGGAAGGCUGAGAGCGAGGGUGCACUGGCCUUCACCUACAGCAUGGUUGAUGAUGCUCUGGUUACCAGCAGCAGCAUCCGCAGUAGCGCAACCACCACCAGCACCGGUGCAAGCAGAACUAAGAGUGCUGGAGCCAUUGCGGAUGGUAUUGGUUGUUCUGGGAGUGGCAAUGCUGCGAAGGGGCGUCCUGAUCUUCAAGAUGAAGGCAAGGGCCAUGGCAGUGUGAGCAACAGUGGGGGUGACGAGAAUUGUGCCAGUGUGUGACAUCAGCGGUCGACAUGAAACCUUAAUUUGGACUUCAUGCUUGCGUCCCGCCCACUCAGUGGCCCUCGUAGCGCGAUUAGGCAUACAGGCUAGUAUAUACGUUGAGUAGAUAUCAUAAGUAGGGAGCUUUUGUUAGCACCUUAUUUGUUGGAUACACAUACACCCCUAACGGGUACUU